CUUUCCAGCUCCUUCUACUUGUUAACCGAUUAAAUGUAAACCUAUGUUUUUUAAAUUAUUAAUUACGACGUUUUGGAACGUUGUGUCAGCUCGUUGCCUGGAGACGGAAACUGAGUGGCCGUUGCCAUGGAACCGGGAUUCUGUGGGAAAACAGCCUGCGCGAGCCGACAGUCAGAACAUUCCAGAGUUCUGCAACAGGAUGUCUACGCUUCCUGCAAAGCCCGGCCUGCGACACAGUGUGUCAGAGUGGAACAGCAACAACCACCAGCUCGCCUCCACGGCGCAGUACGAGCGACAUGUUUCUAAUGUGAUCCGGCAGGAAGGGAGGUCGCUACGCAACGAGACCAACUGCAAGACGUCCUGGGACGAGAGCGACACCUGUCGCAGGCUGAGCGACCGGGUUUGGGACGUUGCUCGGUGGAAGGAAGUGUUGGAAACUUGUGCCAAGAAAGUGGACGAGGAGAUGGAGGCUUUAACUCUGUCUAAAGAGCAGACGGAGCAGGCGCUCGCCGCUACCGCCGUUCCUCUGGAGGUCAGCACUGAAUGCGUGACGCUGAGGGAGGGGCGGCGGGGGCACGAGCUGGUCACCGACCCCGUGGAGGAGCAGCUGAAGAAAGAGGUGGAGCUGAUUGAAAGAGUGCAGCAGGUCCUGCAGCAGCACACGGACCAGGCCUUCGAGCAGCUGUGCGUCCUGCAGGAGGCUCGGCACCAGCUGACCGCCGACCUCCAGAACAAGAUGGACACCCUGGAUAUCGACAUGUCCUGCCUGUCUCUUACUAUAAAGUCGCCUCAGAUCUCCCUGAAGACCAACCCGACUCGCAUACCCUCAGGUUCCUCCACCCCCCAGGAGUGGGUCCAGUUCAGUCAGUAUAACGUGGCCCGUGCACAUGAGGCCAUGCAUUUGUCCCAGCAAAUAAGGGAGGACAUGAGCCUCACCAGAGCCCAGCUGCAGAAUGAGUUGGAGACUCAGAGCCGGGCCACAGAGUUUGCUCUCCGCAAACGCCAUCACCAUGAAGAGCAGGCCAAAGGCGAGCUGGAGUGGCAAAUAAAAAAUACUGAGGAUGAAAUGGCGGAAAUGGAGGGCGACAUCCACGGGCUGGAUGCAGAUCUACAGGCGAAAUCUGCCUCUUUAAAGCUGGCUCACACCAGACUGGAGACCAGGACCAACAGACCCGGCAUGGACCUGUGCAGAGACGAGGUGCAGCACGGACUCGUUAAUGAAGUCCAGCAGCUGGAGGCAACGAUCGCGGCUCUGAAGCAGAAGCUCGCUGAGGCUCAACACUCUCUGCAGAAGAUGAAGCUGCAUCACUCCCGCAUGCUGCACGAUCUCUCCAGAAAACAGGAAGCUCUGUCUCUGGAACAACGAAGCAUGAACACCCGCACACGACUUGCUCCCUCCUCCUCCUCCUCCUCCUCCUCCUCCUCCGAUAAAACCGCCGUGCUAAUGGUCCCACUCACAAACUCCAGUGGGAGGAGCCACCUGCAGCUUCUGGCUCAGUGAGAAGAUUUCAUUCAUGGUUUUAAAGGGAUUUAACACUAAGUUUAAUACAUGUAUCUGAGCAUAACAUUAUGAGAAAUUAAUUAAUUAAUCAGACUUGAAGAUUAAGAAAACUGUCAUUUAUUUAUAUUUUCCUGGCCUUUGUUAGUAUUUUUGUGUGUGUGUGUGUGUGUUUGUCUCUGUUUGUGCUGUGUUAAAUCAGCCUCCUUAUCUCCAGCUUGUUUAACAUUUUACAAGAAAUCAUUGCAAAAACUAAACACCCAUUUAAACAUUUAUCCUUCAAGUUAAGUCUUUUUUAUUUUCCAUGAAAAUAAACCGCUGACGUCUGUGUGUGGUCAUUACUUUUAUCGACCAUUUGCUUUAAUGGCUUUGUUUGUCCUCGUCAUGUUGUUUGUUCAACGGACCUUGUUUGGAGCAUAAAGACGAUGAUAAUGAUGUGAACUUUGACUCCGGUUUAGAUAUAUAUAUAUAUAUUUAUAUAUAUUUAUAUAUGUAAACAAGGAUUCCAAGACAAUAAACCACAUGCGACUCAA